AUGUAUAUACUUGGAUGGGAUAUUGACUUUGGCCACAUGGAGGCGGUGAAUCUAAUUUCCAGUAAUAAAUACAGCGAGAAACAAAUUGGUUACCUCGGCGUAACUCUUCUAAUGCAUGAAAAUAGUGAUCUAACUCGUUUGGUUAUCAAUUCAAUACGAAAAGACCUUGAUGAACUUAACGAGAUCUAUAACUGUCUUGCUUUGCAUGCAAUUGCGAACAUUGGGGGUAGAGAAAUGGCUGAAUCAUUAUCAUCAGAUGUUCAUCGCCUUUUAAUAUCUCCUAAUUCCAAAAGUUUUGUUAAGAAGAAAGCUGCUCUGACUCUCUUACGCCUGUAUCGAAAACAUCCCGAAGUGAUUCCUGCGUCUGAUUGGGCGGAGAGGAUUAUCAUGCUAAUGGAUCAACCUGAUUUGGGAGUUACAUUGUGUGUAACGAGCCUAUUAAUGGCAUUGGCACAAGAUAAUUUGGACGCGUAUUUGGGUUGCUACGCUAAGGCAGUUAACCGAUUAACAAAGAUUAUAGUUGUCAAAGAAUAUCCACAAGAUUAUGUAUAUUAUAAAGUUCCUAUUCCAUGGCUACAAGUCAAGCUGCUUCGACUUUUGCAGUAUUAUCCGCCUUCUGAUGAUCGUGAAAUUCAAAAUAAACUGCAUGUUAUACUCCAGACAAUAAUCAACAAUUCUCAAGAAGCACAAAAAAAUGUUCAGCAUAACAAUGCUCAAAAUGCAGUGCUAUUUGAAGCUAUUAAUCUUGCUAUUCAUUUAGAUACAGAAUCACAGAUUGUCAAUCAGGCUGCUGUUCUUCUUGGAAGAUUUAUAAUAUCCAAAGAAACUAACGUAAGAUAUUUGGGCUUAGAAACUAUGGCACAUUUAGCAGCAUGUGUAGAUUCGUUGGAACCAAUUAAAAAGCAUCAAGAUACUAUUUUAUUAUCAUUGCGAGAUAAGGAUAUCAGUGUACGACGCCGGGGACUUGAUCUUUUAUAUAGCAUGUGUGAUGUCACUAAUGCUAAGGUCAUUGUUGCUGAAUUACUACGAUAUCUUAAUAUUGCGGAUUAUGCCCUGCGAGAGGAGAUGGUUCUUAAGAUUGCAAUAUUGACCGAGAAAUUCGCCACAGAAUACCAAUGGUACGUCGACAUAAUGUUACAAUUAAUUAGUACUGCUGGUGAUCAUGUUGGAGAAGAAGUGUGGUAUCGUGUAGUACAGAUUGUUACUAACAAUGAAGAGCUUCAAGAAUAUGCCGCGAGAACUGUAUUUUCUCAUUUAAAGUCUCCUUCAUGUCAUGAAAAUUUAGUAAAAGUGGGUGGUUAUAUCCUUGGUGAGUUCGGACACCUUAUUGCCAAUAUACCAGAAGCAAGUCCUCAAGAACAAUUUCGUACCAUUCAUUCGAAAUUUGGUCUAUGUACACUUCAAACACGAGCGUUACUUUUAAACACUUACUUUAAGUUUGUCAACCUUUUUCCCGAAAUUAAGGGAGAGAUUUUGUCAGUUUUCUAUCAAUACCGCCACGUUUUGGAUUCUGAACUCCAGCAGCGUGCUGCUGAAUAUGUAGCUAUUGCAACUAUGCCAAAUGACGAUCUUUUGCAAUCAGUUUGUGAAGAGAUGCCACCAUUCCCUGAACGUGAAUCUGCACUACUAUCUAGGUUGCAUCAACAGCACUCGGAUACUGAAGACAAACGAACAUGGCUUAUUGGUGGUAAAGAUGCUAACAAAGAACGAGAUGUAGCUCGAUUGACUUUAACAAGUAGGAAUAACUCUAUUGAUAACAAAGUAAAGAGCGAAACGAAUGGUAAUGAUGAUACAGACCUUAUUGGACUUGAAGGGCUUAAAAUUAGUAAUGGAGACCAAUUGUCUACAACAACUUUGGGGUCCGUAACACCUGGAUCAGAAAAAUUUAUCGUUCGAUUGCUAUUCACAUCGGAAGGCGUACUAUACGAGGAUACCCGAAUUCUAGUUGGUAUUAAAUCAGAAUACCAUGGUAACAUUGGCCGACUUGCACUGUACUUUGUCAAUAGAACACAGACAAACAUCACUUCUUUUACCACUGUGAUUGAAAAUAUCUCAGAUUUAAUAAUUACCUCGCCACAACCACCGCCAUCAAUUAUCUCGCAAGCCAACCAAACCCAACAACUUUUUCAUAUAGAGUGUAAAAAUGUGUUCACUGGCAUGCCAACUGUGCGAAUAUCUUUUAUUUCUGGGACGCUUCAUACGAUUGUAUUAAAACUACCUAUUGUGCUAUCAAAGUUUAAUGAGCCUAUCCAACUAAAUGGAUCAGAAUUCUUCGCAAGAUGGAAACAAAUUGGCGCCGGUCCACGAGAAAAACAGGUUGUUUUUCGUUCAAAUGUUCCAAUAAAUAUUUCAGGAGUGCGAACUAUAAUUUUAGGCUUUAAAUUCGAAGUAUUGGAAGAAGUAGAUCCAAAUCCUACAAACAUUGUUGGGGCUAGCGUUUUGCAUACAUCUGGAGGGGGGAUGUUUGGUUGUCUCAUGCGAUUGGAACCUAAUAUUGAAGCUCAGAUGUAUCGUUUGACUGUCCGUACAACGAAUGAAGUUGUAACCAAUGAAAUUUGUACUUUGUUAGAACCACGAUUGGCGAAUGAAUCAAUUUAA